UCACGGUAACUCUGAGAACCCGAAUGGCGAAAGCUCUGUCCGUAGUUCGUGGUAUUCAUACAGAUGUCUGCCGUUGAAUUAUAUAGCCUUUUAAAAGUUGAAACACGUGGACAAGUCGACAAUAGUGUAAUUAAAUCAUUUGUAUUAACGUGAUAAUGGAGUCUUUGCAAGCAAUUAAGGAUUACCUAAAUUAUGAUACCCGAUUGGAUUUGAAAGCUGUUGCAUUAAAUUAUGUGCUUGGUAUGACAGCCACUAGUGAUGGUCGAGAGAUCUUGUUGGGACUGGCAGAAAUAUUGAAGCAGCUCGUCAUUCUCACGCAAGAUUCUUCAGUUCCUAUUAGCAAGGAUGCUGUGUCAGCAUUGGUAAACAUUACCGGGGAUGAGUCAGGGACCAAUGCAUUGCUGAUCAUUUCAGAAUCAGGCGGCUCAACAAAUACGCAAGAAUAUAGUUCGAAUUUAAUAGAAGUUUGUAUAAAAGCUAUAAUGGAUAAGUCCAGUGUUUUGGCAGAUCCAUGCUGUAUGAUACUUUCCAACAUGACGAGACCAUUUCACUCGGUCGACAGGGUAAUAGCGUUGAUUGAACAAUGUGGUUAUACCUGGGAUGCGAUAAUGGCUGCGUUUACUGCAAAGCAGUAUAACACUACUGGUGCUAAAAUGCAUUAUCUUGGGCCAGUCUUCAGCAAUCUCAGUCAGUCGCCAUAUGUAAGAAGAUAUUUGAUGGACCGAGAUCAUUGUGUUAUUCAGCGGUUGUUCCCGUUCACUGAGCAUCCCGAUAUGAUAAGACGUGGUGGUAUCGUUGGUACUUUAAAAAAUUGUACUUUCGACACAAAAAAUCACGAAUGGUUGCUGAGUCCGGAAGUGGAUUUAUUGUCAUACCUGUUGUUGCCACUCGCUGGUCCAGAAGAGUUUGAUGACGAAGACAAUGACAAAUUACCAUGUAGUUUGCAAUAUCUACCUGAAACAAAGACGCGGGAGCCUGACCCGGAUAUAAGACUCAUGCUCUUGGAAGCACUGAACCAACUUUGUGCAACAAAAGCAGCUAGGGAAAUAUUGAGAGAAAAAAAUACAUAUGUCAUACUUAGAGAGUUUCACAAGUGGGAAAAGGACUCGAGUAUCUUACUGGCGUGUGAAAAUGUUGUAGAUAUUUUGAUAAAAACCGAGGAAGAGAUUGGCUUGGACAACUUGAAGGAAAUGGAAGUACCUUCCGAGUAUACGAAGAAAUUUCACGAGAUGGAUGAAGACUUUAUUAAUAAGACGGUGUAAAAUUGUACAUAAUAAAUAUAAUGUUCUGUAAAUAUUGUAUACAAUAUACAUAACACUUGCUCGGCACAAACCGUAAAAAGUGAUGCUCGCGUUGAUAACACAUUCCGCAUUUUGUAUGUCGCCCGUCAUCUAUUGCACUGCCCCGUUUUAUCACCUAAUAAUAAGCUAUCAGGUCCAACGUAGCGAAGAAAAAGAAAGUCUAAUAGCCUGAUCUUCCAAUCACAUACACAUCGUAAAUAAAUAUCGAAAUACAUUCGAAA